CAUUAUUCAUACGUGGGGGUGUGACUUGGAGCCUGUCUUUCUCCGCCUGUAUAUAACGAGAAGUUAGGGCCAGGGCAAAUACACAUGGAGAAGAGCGGUGCUCACACUGCGCAGGCAGAAGUGCACUUGAGAGUACGUGACGAGCCGCAAACCCUCCCGUCGCUCUCCGGCUCCUCCUGGCACCAUGAUAUCUACGCUCUACCUCCUUUGUCUGGCCGCCGUGCUCGCCCCCUCCAGCCGAGAGGCCGAAGCUGUGGGGCCGGUGGUCCGCUGCGAAACCUGUGACGCGGGCGCGCUCAGCCAGUGCAGACCGCUACCCAAAGACUGCACCGAGGUGGUGCGCGAGCCCGGCUGCGGCUGCUGCCUGACGUGCGCGCUCACCGAGGGGCAGCCGUGUGGAGUUUACACCGGGAGGUGCGGCUCGGGACUCACCUGCCAACACCGGCCGAGCGAGAUCAAACCCCUGCAAGCGCUGCUGGAGGGACGGGGCGUGUGCUCUAGCGCCGUGUCCAAGAAGCUCAGCAGCAUCCUGCUGCCCGUGCACAAGCAAGAGAACAUCCAAGACCCAGAGGAGGACUGGAACACCAACAGCACCGAUUUCUUGGAGCCGGAGAGCACCCUCAGGGUUCCAGAGCAGAGGGGCCCUCUGCCUCAUGCCAAAGGGGACAUCAUUCGACGGGAUCAGUCCAAGAAAUCUCAGAGCUACAAGAUGGAGUCCGUCUCAGGCGGGCUCAGCGCCGAGGUGCAUAAUUUCUCCUUGGAAUCCAAGAGGGAGACGGAAUAUGGCCCCUGCCGGAGGGAAAUGGAGAGCAUUCUGAACAGCCUUAAAAUUACCAACGUUCUCAACCCAAAGGGUUUCCGCAUACCAAACUGUGACAAGAAAGGUUUCUACAAGAAGAAGCAGUGUCGUCCAUCCAAGGGCAGGAAGAGAGGGUACUGCUGGUGCGUGGACAAGUAUGGGCAGCCCCUACCUGGCUAUGACGGGAAGGAGAAAGGCGAGGCGCAGUGCUACAACCUGGAGAGCAAGUGAGGGUGAGGGAGGGACAGAGAGAGAAGAGAGAGAGCCCACUCUGCUCCAAGGGCGUCGUGCGCACAAGAACUGUACAAAGACUUUGAAGGAGCUGGCCUGGCACGGCAAUCAUGUGACCCCAAGGGAGGAGAGCGGGGAGCCUGCAAGGACUGGAGACUACAGCUGGGCCAUGACAUUUCACUUCUUACAGCUUUCUAUAGUGUGCAUAGGGAGCAUCGAGUCCUUAAAAAUCUGUGUGAUAAAGUGUGAGAGAGAGAGAAAUAUAUAUGUUUAAGUAAAUAUGCAAUGUGCACUAUUUUUUUUUUUUAGAGAGAGGAGGCACUUCUGUAAAGCUAAGAGGGGUUUUCCACUCACUAAGAACUUCAUGAAGCCAACCCAGCUCUAACGUCUGGCAUGAAAAUCCAUGCUGAUGCAGAUGGCUUUCUGCCAGCGAUUGCCCUGAUGUGUGCACGUCUGUUAACGGACAAGACCGGAGAGGUUUCUGGGUCGGAGGUGCCCCCUGUCCUGCUGUCCAUCUUUGCUCAGGGUUUUAAAGGAGAUGAAGGAGCCCCUCCCCACCCGGCUGCCACCCCACCUUGUCUCCUCACAGCGGUGGUAUUUCAUGCUGAGUACUCUGUCACACGCAGCAUACACAUUAGCACACAAGCCCAAACACACAUGAAUGACUUCACAUUUCCGCAUUCGCUCACCCGUACACACACAGACACACAUUAUAUGUGGUCAAUGGGCCUUGCAUGCUCACCCCACAUGCCUGUUAAUGACAGCACUUUCUCAUCAAUAAAAAAACUUUCUGCAGCUCCUUGCAGCUGAGGUGAGAGAGGAGUUUCUCCCAAACUGUGCCUUAUCUCUGUCUGUUCUCCUGCACCCGCUUGGCUUUCACCAGUCAGUGUGCCCAACUGCAAAGUUUCUUUGGCUCCUGUUUGCUGAUACAGCCAAUGUCUGAUCCUGCAGCCACAAGUGUGUAUAGGAAUGUGUGUGUAUGUGUGAUGUGGGUGGUCUGACCAGCUGGGUAGGGACUGCACUGCCUCUCUUCCAGUCAGGCCUCUCUUCUAUGAGUCUUUGUUGCAGCCAAACUGCCCCAUCCUCCCCAGGAAACCCAGCCCCUACUCCACCCUCGUCCCCAGCAAAUUCCAAGGGAGAGGCAACAGGGUACAAUUCACAAACGAUGCUCCAAAUUGAUCCAUUUCCCAAGGUGCUUCAGACAUCCAAUUCCAACACAUCAUGCUAAGGAAACAAAGUCAGGGAUCCACCAAAUAACGUCAAAAGUGACAUCAGCAACAAGAAACUAGAAACAAAAGAACUUUGCCAGUAGCAAUUCAUGGUCCAGUUCUGUUCCAUCACAUCCUGUGUAAAGACUUGAAAAGUGGAAGGUGCCAAUGUGGAUCGUCUUCCCAGUAGCUCAGUAGCACAUAAUUGGCCAAAUGCUUAUGCUAAAAAAAGAAAAAAAAUGCUGGUGCUAUUAUCUUUCUGGUUAAAUAUGUUGACUUGAUUUGGGGGGGCAUCAUUAUAUAUCUGUUUGGUGGUUCUGACCCUCCUCAGUGUUUUUUUUCCUUUGCCAGCUGUGUGUCUGGAUUAUA